CCGAGCGGGAGCAGCUUUCCCCGGGAAGAGGCGGCUUCCACUUCCCCGUCCCCGCCUCCCGGGGCCGCCCUGCUUGGGCGAAUCAGAAGGCAGCGCGGGGAUGGUCCCCUGUGGGAGGACGGCCGGGCCUCCGUGGGGUUAACCAGACCCGUCAGGAAGUGCACGGCUUUCCUCCGGCUCCACCCUCCCUCGGUCCCGGCAGCCGGCAGCUCCUACCGCGCAUUGAAUCGGGCGGCCCAGGCUGACCGCCAGGAGGACCCCGAGCCGCCUGCCCCGGCUGCGCCAUGUCGGACUACGAGAAUGAGGACGAGUGCUGGAGCGCCCUGGAGGGCUUCCGGGUGAAGCUUAUCUCCAUCAUCGACCCCGCCCGCAUCACGCCCUACCUGCGCCAGUGCAAGGUCCUGAACCCCGACGACGAGGAGCAGGUGCUCAGUGACCCCAGCCUGGUCAUCCGCAAGCGGAAAGUAGGUGUGCUCCUGGACAUCCUGCAGCGGACUGGCCACAAGGGCUACGUGGCGUUCCUAGAGAGCCUGGAGCUCUACUACCCACAGCUGUACAGGAAGGUCACGGGCAAAGAGCCCACCCGCGUCUUCUCCAUGAUCAUCGACGCCUCCGGGGAGUCGGGCCUGAUGCAGCUGCUGAUGAGCGAGGUGAUGAAGCUGCAGAAGAAGGUGCAGGACCUGACGGCACUGCUGGGCUCCAAGGACGACCUCAUCAAGGAGCUGAGGGUGAAGGACAGCCUGCUGCGCAAGCACCAGGAGCGUGUGCAGAGGCUCAAGGAGGCCUGCGAGGUGGGCGGCCGCGAGCUCCAGCGCUGCAAGGACGAGAACUACGACCUGGCCCUGCGCCUGGCCCGCCAGAGCGAGGAGCGGGGCGCCGCGCUCAUGCGCAACCGCGACCUGCAGCUGGAGGUCGACCGGCUCAAGCACAGCCUCAUGAAGGCAGAGGACGACUGCUCGGUGGAGCGCAAGCACACGCUGAAGCUCAGGCGCGCCAUGGAGCAGCGCCCCAGCCAGGAGCUGCUGUGGGAGCUGCAGCAGGAGAAGGCGCUGCUGCAGGCGCGGGUGCGGGGGCUGGAGGCCUCCGUCCAGGAGGGGAAGCCGGACCGGAGCAGCCCCUACGUCCAGGUGCUGGAGGAGGACUGGCGACAGGCGCAGAGGGGCCUCCAGGAGCAGACCGCCGCCAUCUUCUCCCUGCGCAAGGACCUGCGCCAGGCCGAGGCCCUGCGCGCCCGGUGCACGGAGGAGAAGGAGAUGUUUGAGCUGCAGUGCCUGGCCCUGCGGAAGGACUCCAAGAUGUACAAGGAGCGCAUCGAGACCAUCCUGCAGCAGAUGGGAGAGGUCGCCGUCGAGCGGGACCAGGCCAUCGCGACGCGCGAGGAGCUGCACGCCCGGCACGCCCGCAGCCUGCAGGACAAGGACGCGCUGCGGAAGCGGGUCCGCGAGCUGAGCGAGAAGGCGGACGAGCUGCAGCUGCAGCUGUUCCAGCGCGAGGGCCAGCUGCUGGCGGUGGAGGGCCGCCUCCGGUGGCAGCAGCUGGAGACGUCCGUCCUGAGCUCCGACCUAGAGGACGGCUCACCGAGGAACUCCCAGGAGCUCUCGCUCCCCCAGGACCUAGAGGAGGAUGCCCAGCUCUCAGACAAAGGCGGCCCGGCCAUCGAGGAGAGCCCUGAGCAGCCCUCUGUGGCUCUGCAGAAGGAGCGGCUUUCGCUGACCCCCGAGGACGCAGGCUUGAGCGGCGGGGAGCCCCCCGAGAAGGAGAAGGGGCGGCGGCGUCUCAAGGAGAGCUUCGAGAACUACCGCAGGAAGCGGGCCCUCAGGAAGAUGCAGCACGGCGCGAGGCAGGGGGAGGUGGACUGGGAGAAUACCACGGGCAGCGACAACACCGACACCGAGGGCUCCUAGCCGGCCCCUCCGUCCAGCCGCCCGUCGUGGGAGGAGGACACGGCGCCGCCCGGGACCUGGGCGCUGCCCCGCUGGGCCGCCUCUUCGUUGGCGAGCGCGGGCUUGUUCUAUCUCUGUGUGAUGCACAAGCGUGCUGCAGUGUUAAAAAUGCAGCCCCGUCA